AUGUGGAUUGAAUCCGAUCCUGUUCCAUUCCCUGGUCUUACCCUCCAAAAAUUAAAUUCAUCAUGGUAUCCAGAAGUAGAUGCACAAGAAAUAAGAGGUGUUGCAUUUCCACGAACAGCAGCAACAGAGAUUUAUUCAACAAACAAAAUCCAAGAACGUUUAUCUCAAAUUGGAGUCGAAACAGGAAAUAAAUCACUUGGAUUUUGGAUUUAUGACGGCGUUGAAGGCGAUCCAGCACCAAAGAUUGAUAAAUGUGUUGUUAUUAUGAAGACACUUGGUGACAGACGCCUUGAAACUCAUCUUUUGAUGGGAAUUGAAGAAGUUAUUAAAUUAAUUGACGACAAAACAUCAAAAUCUAUUGUUGAUUCAUUAGAAACUGUGUUUAAUAAGCAUUCUAUUCCUAUUUUCAAUGAUAAUACAAGCGCAAUUGAUUAUGUUCAUAAAAUUGAAUCAAAUAUUAAACACAGAAUUAGAGAAACCAUUCCAAAUUUGGAUUCAUUACAUUUGUAUAAAGACGAUGUAUUCGAUUCAUGUGGUUUCAUUGAUCCAAAUGAAUUUUUAGAUAUCAAAAUUAAUAAUUUCCACAAAUUUGUUGAAUUAUUUAGAAUUAUUGGCCACGAAUGCGGCCGAAUCAUUUCCUGCAUUCAUCGUCAAGGAUUUCUAUGGGGUACAUAUGCAGAUCACGAUUUCUCUGAGUUACAUUGCAAUGCACAUCCAGAUAAUUUUGUUAUUCUUCGCAAAGUUAAUGAAAAUUUGUUGUCUCCUGUUGAUUUCGACAUGUCCUUUGAAGCCAGAUGUUCUAUUAAUUUCUGGGAUCUCAACAAGGAUGAACUAUCUACAUUCAUGAAUAUGGAAGCAGAGUUUACUAAUUUACUUGGUGAUUUGUGCGGCCAUUCUGCAUUGUCUCAGUAUGGAAGUACUGCUAUUAAGAAGAGAGAAAGACUUCAUGGAAAUAAUCAUAUUAUUUUGGAAGUUUUAAGAAUGAUUCUCGUUUAUGAAUAUGUUCAAUCUUACGAUUUGCCUUCAAGGAAAAUUAAGGAAAUUGUCGAUCAAGGAGUGUUGGAUGUCGUGGAAAUGGCUCUGAAACAAACAGAGAAUAUUCAAUCUUAA